GGCAGUCCGGGGCAGGCGGCGGGCAGUGAUGAGACAGUGGAUCGCCUCUGCUGGGACAGCCUGGACUCUGCACGGGGAUGCGUUACCGCCGGAUUGUGCACACAGGGCGCAGGAUGCCGCCUAGGACGCAGUGAGCUCCCUGCCAGGAUGUCCCUAUGGAUGCCAGCCCCGUGCCCCACCUGAGAAGGAGGCUGCUGCUGCCCCUCUGCACCAUGCUCUUCCUCUGCCUCUACAUGUUCUACUCCUGCGCCGGCUCCUGCGCCCCCAGCGCCCCGGCGGCGCAGCCCGGAGUCCUGUCCCAGCUGCUGCUCCGGCCCGAGCCCCGACUACAGGCGGAGGAGACGGGCUCCAUCAGCAGCUUCUACAACGGAUCCGGCAGCAAGAAGCUGCCCCAAGCCAUCAUCAUCGGGGUGAAGAAAGGGGGCACCCGGGCCCUGCUGGAGUUUCUGAGGGUGCACCCUGACAUCAGGGCUGUGGGGGCUGAACCCCACUUCUUUGAUAGGAACUAUGACAAGGGACUGGACUGGUACAGGGAGUUGAUGCCGAGGACAUUGGAUGGCCAGAUCACCAUGGAGAAGACUCCCAGUUACUUUGUGACAAAGGAAGCUCCAGCUCGGAUCUCUGCCAUGUCAAAGGAUGCUAAGGUGAUUGUGGUGGUGAGAGACCCUGUAACUCGCGUCAUAUCGGACUACACCCAAACGUUGUCCAAGAGGCCGGACAUCCCCACAUUUGAGAGCUUGACCUUUAAAAACAGGACUACGGGUCUUAUCGACAUCUCAUGGAGUGCCAUCCAGAUUGGCAUCUACGCCAAGCACUUGGAGAACUGGCUCCAGUAUUUCCCUAUGAGCCAGAUCCUCUUUGUCAGCGGGGAGAGACUGAUCACGGAUCCCGCUGGAGAACUGGGACGUGUCCAGGAUUUCCUGGGACUUAAACGAAUUAUCACAGACAAACAUUUUUAUUUCAACAAGACUAAGGGUUUCCCAUGCUUGAAAAAGGCGGAGGGUAGCAGCAAACCCCACUGUCUGGGGAAAACCAAGGGCCGGACUCACCCCAACAUAGACCCAGAAGUUGUCCAGAGAUUGCGCGAGUUCUACAGGCCGUUCAACAUGAAGUUCUACCAAAUGACUGGCCAUGACUUUGGAUGGGACUGAAGAUGAAAGUCAGCCAGAGUCGUAGACUUAUGUGAAGUAAACACAUCUUUCUGUGUGUCUGUAUAAAUGUACAGAAAUCUAUUUUAUUAUAAUUUAUUUGUAAUUCCUAAGCAAUUAAUUCACUAAGCUGCCUAACCACGCGGUUCCUUGAUUGCCCAUAGUAUUAACAUUCCAUCACAUCACGACCCUCGAAGAGACAGAACAUCAACGUCGCCUUCUUUUGCACAGAUGACCCGCAGGCAAAUUCUUGGUCUCAAAAAAAUAAUAAUGGGUUUUUCAUCUCCAUCUUGCAUAUUCGCUAAUGGUGCUCCUUAUGCAGUCGUAUAUAUAUAUAUAUGCUGAGAAAUAUGAAAGCACAAUAACGUUACCUUGGUGUUUGUUAUGUUUUACGGGUAUUGAAAUCUUUUUAAGUCGGCAAGUUUGCAGGGUUCUUGGUUUUCAUCACACUUCCUGAUACUUGGGCAUUGAUUCUUCCUCAAGACUUGAUAGGGUGGUACAGCGUAGGACCAGAGGUUUGGUGGUGGAACGCAAAGCGCAUAGCCUUUCUAUUAUAGUGCCAUAUCCAGUUGAAUAACUUGGCUAGAAGUAUAAUCCGAGUCCUCCAACUACGGGGUCCAUUUGGUUGCCGCGAUUCACACAAUUUAUGAGGUUGUUCACGGUGAGCAUCCAAAUUCUACCAUCCAUGGGUUUGGAAGUGUGGAAAGCAACAUGGGUGGACAUUGUAUGUUCAUCAUUUGGUAUUUACGAGGACACAUCACAGAUCCCAAAGUAUUUUGCAAGACUCUCAUUGCGUUGUCAAUCAUUUGUGGUGAGUGGGUGAUCUAGCCGAUGAAAGCCUUUACACCCUAUGUCUUCCAUAUUCUCUAUGCAUGAUAGGUUUUGUUUUAUAAUAUUUUAAUAACAUUUCCGUACCUUUUCAAUGUUACAGUCUAAAACCAAUGUCCUUGCUGGAUGCACCAUAACAUUUUAUGUUUGGACAAAAUACUUAAAAUUUGGAGUCGUCUUUGCACUAUUAUGAUGUUGGUUUUUACCACACUAACGGGAUAUUUAUCAAAUUGCGGCACUAGGAUAACACAAUUUAUAUCUUCAUAAAUCUCCCACUUCAUACAGACCUAUCAGAAUAUUCUUUUUCAAAGCUUCAUAGACAUGAAAUACUUUUUUGUGCCAGUCCAAUUUCAACUACUUUCCCAAUUUGACAAUUGGUUUCUUCAUAAACCUCCUAUUUCAUCCCGACCUACUAGAAUAUUAUUUUCCUAAGCUCCACAGACAUGAGAUCAGUUUUUGCCGAGAAGUCCAAUUUGAACUACUUUUCCAAUUGUUGGCCAUUGAUUGUCCAUGUUCUCUCGUGCAAAGAACUGAUAGCCAACAAUUGGUCAAUAUAGUAUACAACCUAGUAGAUGGUGGAUACCUGAACCUUAUGGUAUGUUGGCUGAUUGGAUAUCAGUGCAUUUGGUGUUUUUGGCUGUGCACAGUUGAAAAACUUCAAGAGCACAACACCAUAGUUCCAAUCUCACGUCUGUGGCAAGCUUUAGGGCAACAAAAUGACCCGACCCAACAAAAUGUUCAGAAAAAAACCCAGUUAAGCCAUACUUCAUGAUCAUUCAAUCCAAGUUACCAUUUAAUGCUACCAGAAGCUGCUUACCUGCCAUUACCUUGCACAUGACUAUGUUCGGGUCAGUUGGCGGUGUCCUUUUUAUUUCCUUUUUACCUACCAGGAACCCCACCCAAAAAAUGAACCAAGGGUUAUUGGUUUUGUUUCAAUAUCUAAAAGUGGUAAUUUUUACACUGCUGCUAAGAA